AGGUCACUAUCAAUAUCAGCUCACAUCAUUGAAAAGACAAUUUUGAAGACAUGUUUUGCUGAAAAGAAAACUGAGAAAAAUUUUACGAAUGGGAUGAACACGCACCAGUUAAUUGACUACCUACUACAAUUUGAAUGUUAACAUUACCCACCUGGUACAGUUACCUAGUGAUGUACCUAUUCUCACAAUACCCUAUUUCAGUGUGGUUGUCUUGAUUAAAGAAUUCAAAGUGGAGUACCGCAAACUUGAUAUGGAUAAUAAAAAGAAAGACAAGGACAAAUCAGAUGAUAGAAUGGCACGACCUAGUGGUCGGUCAGGACACAACACUCGAGGAACUGGUUCUUCAUCCUCUGGAGUUUUAAUGGUUGGACCUAACUUUAGAGUCGGAAAAAAAAUUGGAUGUGGGAAUUUUGGAGAAUUACGAUUAGGGAAAAAUUUAUACACAAAUGAAUACGUGGCAAUUAAACUGGAGCCCAUGAAAUCCAGAGCACCACAACUACAUUUGGAAUACAGAUUCUACAAGCAGUUAGGAUCUGGAGAUGGUAUACCUCAAGUUUACUAUUUUGGCCCUUGUGGGAAAUACAAUGCUAUGGUGCUGGAACUGCUGGGACCUAGUUUGGAAGAUUUGUUUGAUUUGUGUGACAGAACAUUUUCUCUUAAAACGGUUCUCAUGAUAGCUAUCCAACUGAUUUCUCGCAUGGAGUAUGUCCAUUCAAAGAACUUGAUAUACAGAGAUGUGAAGCCUGAGAACUUCUUAAUAGGACGACCAGGAAACAAAACCCAGCAAGUUAUUCAUAUUAUAGAUUUUGGUUUGGCAAAGGAAUAUAUUGAUCCAGAGACAAAGAAACACAUACCAUACAGAGAACAUAAGAGCCUUACAGGAACAGCUAGAUAUAUGAGCAUAAACACACAUUUAGGAAAAGAACAAAGUAGAAGAGAUGACUUAGAAGCUUUAGGUCAUAUGUUCAUGUAUUUUCUGAGAGGCAGUCUUCCUUGGCAAGGUUUAAAGGCUGACACAUUAAAAGAGAGGUAUCAGAAAAUUGGAGAUACAAAACGAGCCACACCAAUAGAAGUGUUAUGUGAAAAUUUUCCAGAAAUGGCAACAUAUCUUCGUUAUGUAAGAAGGCUAGAUUUUUUUGAAAAACCAGACUAUGACUACCUAAGAAAACUUUUUACUGACCUGUUUGAUCGAAAAGGGUAUAUGUUUGAUUAUGAAUAUGACUGGAUUGGUAAGCAGUUGCCUACUCCAGUGGGUGCAGUUCAGCAAGAUCCUGCUCUGUCAUCAAACAGAGAAGCACAUCAACACAGAGAUAAGAUACAACAAUCCAAAAAUCAGUCGGCAGACCACAGGGCAGCUUGGGACUCCCAGCAGGCAAAUCCCCAUCAUUUGAGAGCUCACCUUGCAGCAGACAGACAUGGUGGCUCGGUACAGGUUGUAAGUUCUACAAAUGGAGAAUUAAACACAGAUGAUCCUACUGCAGGACGUUCAAAUGCACCUAUCACAGCCCCUACGGAAGUAGAAGUGAUGGAUGAAACCAACUGCCAGAAAGUGUUGAACAUGUGGUGCUGCUGCUUUUUCAAACGAAGGAAAAGGAAAACCAUACAGCGCCACAAAUGACUCUGGACACAGACAGAUCAUGGGGAGUUACUUACAUGUUCAUCUGCUGUCUUGUGAUUAAAAUCAUCUCUGUAGUGACCACAUAUAUUUUCAAGAACUCACUGUUAGAAACAAAAAUGUCAUACUUUCAUACUUCAUUUUGUGGUUGUCUUACAUUCGUAUUUUUUUCUAAUUUAACUUUUAUGGAAGCUUUAAAGUUUUGUCAAAACAUGAGUGCUUUGCCCAUCAUUGAGUGGAAUGGACCAAUGAGGUGGUAUUGAUGAAUUACAGUUCUGUAGAACAUUGUUCAGAAGCUCUCCUCCUGUUGUAGAAAGCAGUACAGUAUCUUAAAUGUCAACCAGUUAUAUACCUAAUCUGAUUUUUAUAACUUCUGUAAGAGAAUAAUCAAAGAGGAAUUUUCUCCCCAGUGGAUAAUGCAACAGAGAAGACAGUUGCCCAAAUAUUUAAAAGAAGUUAUCCCUUGAGAAGAUCAUUAUCUGCGUGACAUCUGCAUUGAUUUCACUGUUACUGUCGGUACUGCUAUUCAUGAGUCAUAUUAGCAUUCUCUCUGUGAAAUCAUGGUACAGUUACUGCCCAGAGGUACUGAGGAAAAAGCUCUGUGGGUCUGGCAGAUGGUAGUGGUAAAAUGAAUCACAAGUAGUGUGGUAAAUAUGAGCUCUGCUUUUGUUGCACCACUAAGUGAAGUACCGUGUUGUCGAAGUGGCAAAAGCGCUUAUUUUUUAAAAAUGCAAAAUAUUUGUAUAAUGUAACUUUAUGCUUCCAGAUAAUAAUGUAUGUUAGGCAGCAAGAAAUGAAUACUUUGAGAAAUGAGAUAUGUUGGAGUUUUUUGAAAAAUACACUAAGGAGAAGGAAUAAAUGUGAAUCUCACCGCAUCAUAUGAGGCUGAAGUCUAAGGAGAUCCCACUGAAACCUGCUGCUGAACGAUUACAUUCACCUUAAGCAGAAAACUUUGGAUGUGCCACACAAUGGUGUCUGUUUAUUAAUUAUUUGCCCUUUGAUUUAAAAAAAAGACCCUCAGCAAUAAAAACGGGGUCACUCUAUUGCUCUCUGCGCACAUUAGUCUCUUGUAUUCAACUUUGCUGGUUCUCUGGAAUUUUCCUACUUUUUAGCAUAAUUGCGAUGAUUGAAAACUCUUUUGGAGAGGAUGGGUCAGGUGCUUUGUCCCCAUAGUCUUUUGAAGUGCCUGCAUAUGAACAAAGUAAUGGUUCUGUAAAAAAAGGAAACCCAUUCCACUUUUCAGGUAUGCUUUGUUUUAAGCCAUGAAGACACAGGUAUACUUUUGUCACAUUCUACUAGCCAGAAUUUGCAAGGAGAGUUAAGACAAAAAGACUGGCUAGAAAGAUAAUUAUGUUGCUCAAAUCUCACAUUCACGUUUCGUUUAUGAGCUUGUUGCUUACUCCUUCCACUCAGCCCCUUCUUGUUGUCUUUAAGUGUGUGCCUCCAGGCAUGCUUAUUUAUUUUUAUUGUCUCAAGGUAACAUUUAAAAUAUGUAAUUAAAGUAAAUAAAUCUACAUUUUUGACAUUAUUGCAUUUACAGGAAUUUAACUGUACUUUGUAAUUUAUUUUUCUUAUUAGCCAAAAGUUCAGUGCAUUGUUUUUGAUGAAUUAGGCACCCAUAUGAAUACCGCAAAUCAGGACAUUAUCAUUGUUGCUCUGAAUCUAUGAAUGAUCUUUAUAAGUUCUUGAUUUUAAAGACCUACACUCAGCCUAGAAAACACUUGUUGUAUAAUUUGGUCAACAGUUUCCAUUUUAUCUAUUUGUAUACUGUCAUGAUGUCUUAAACUACAGGAGUUACAUACUGAGUUUUUAUUUUUGUUUGCUUUGAGCAAGGUAGAUGGAUGUUUUCGCCAUUAUAAUGUGAAACCACUUCUUUCUUUACAGUAUUUGACCAAAUUUGUGUGUCUAUGAUAUUUGUAAAUACAUGCGAUAUCUGUAUUUCUUAUCAUAAGCCUGUUUAGUUUUAUUCUCAGUAGGGUUUUUGGACUGUACAGUGUUUAUAUGAUCUGAACUCCUUAUACAUAAGAAGGUGUGUAUAUUAAUCCAAUUAUGGACUUAAAAUAUUUUAAAACUAUAAAUACCCUUAUUUGCUGCAAAGACCAGUGUGUAGACAUUUGCUUUUUAGCAAUAUUUUUAAGUGCUCCAUUUUAAUGCCAAGGAAUAAGUCUUUUGGCAACACAAACUGGUCAAUAAUAGGUAAUGCAGGUAUGUUCAGGUUAAGCCAACAAUGUUUUGCAUUUUUAUGCUUCUUUUCUGUCAACACUAAUGAAGUCAACAUUGCCUGAAUGUCUGAAUAAUGAAACACAUCCCUGUUUAAAAGUAUGUAACUGAAAAAGAAAUAAAAAAUAAAGGUAGUUUUUUUAAACUUGCUCUUUCCCCUUUCCUCUAAUAUGGGUAAAAUAAUGCCACUUACUAACUGAAGACAGGAAUUUUAAAAAUUCAGUUUAUUUAAUUUACUAAAUGUGAAAAGCAGAGCUAAAGGAAUAUUCGUUUGUGUUUUUUGAUUUUGUUUUGCUUUGUUGGAACCCUGUUGUAAAGAGUACAUACCUGGAAGUAUCUAAGCUUUCUUUAAUGAAAGUUAAAAAAAAUUUUUUUAUACUUCUCUGAACUCCUUAAUAGAGCAAUUAAUUA